AUGCGACGCAGCCGUUUUCUCCGGGCGCCUGGCCUGGCGGAUCGCGGGGCUACUCCGCGGGCAUGGGAGCCCGGGUUGCGCCCGCUCCUCCUCCGCCGCUCUGGGCGCAGCCACUCCGGCAGGUCCCCGGGCUCCGCGCCGCCGCCGCCGCGCGCCCGAGAGCGAGAGUCUGUGGCCGAACAAAGCGCGAACCCUGUGGUGAGGCCCCGGCUGCGGCUGCCGCCGCCCCGCGCGCUCUCGGCCCGCCCCGCACGCUCUCCCGGAACCUCUGAGGAGCGCGAGCGCCGAGGGGGCGCGGCGUUUCCGGGAGCCGCCGGGCGAGGGGCGCGGUGGGCGCGGCAGCGCCGGCAACCCUGGGAUCCACCCCCGAAGGGGGUGUCCGUGCGAGCAGCUCCUCGGCGAGUCCUCGCGGCCCUCCCACCCUCAUCCCCUCCUCUUCCGGGCGCCGGGAAGUUUGAAGUCCUUUCCGAAAGUGACCUGUCGCCCUGUGGACCGGACGGCCCCUUACGCCUCACCCCCAGAAUUUCUACAUGGCGAGAUCAGGUCAGCAGGCGGUGCAAAGGCCUGAGAGAGCAACGGGCGCCUUAA